AUGGAGAACCCAAACCUCAACGAGAUCCAUGACUUCCUAGUCUCAUUGGCCUUCAAGGCUGGGGACAUCAUCAACAAUGCACUCCCAGCAACCAGCGGCACAGGAUCCAAAAUGAAUAGUGCCGACCUCGUCACAGAAUAUGACCGUGCUGUUGAAAACAUGAUCUCUACCUCACUGAGGGAGAAAUACCCACACUACGAAUUCCACGGCGAGGAAACAUACGACCCAGCACACCCAUUGACCGAUGCCCCUACCUUCGUCGUGGACCCCAUCGAUGGAACGACGAACUUCGUGCACGGCUUCCCAUUUGCCUGUGUUUCGCUCGGCUUCGCCGUUGGACGCAUACCGGCUGUAGGUGUGGUGUAUAAUCCCUCCACCAAAAAUCUCUACUCCGCUAUUCGAGGCCAAGGUGCUUUCCUCAAUCGUGAAACUCGCUUGCCACUUAAGGGCGACAAUGUAGAGCCCCUGUCCGGACUAGCUAAUGCUCUUAUUGCUAUUGAAUGGGGCGCGGAUCGCAGCGGGAACAAUUGGGAGACUAAGGUUCGGACAUAUGAGAAGCUGGGCCAGUCUAAGGAAAACGGGGGAGCUAUGGUACGCUCAAUGCGGAGUUUAGGCUCGGCCGCGUUGAAUCUAUGUGCUGUGGCUGAUGGCUCGCUGGAUUUGUAUUGGGAGGGUGGAUGCUGGUCCUGGGAUGUCUGCGCGGGAUGGGUUAUCCUCUCUGAAGCCGGGGGCAUUAUGGCGGACGGCAACCCGGGAGUCUGGGAGGCUCGUCUUGAUGGGCGGAAAUAUCUUGCUGUCCGAGGUUCCCCAGGCGGAACUGGACAGAAGGAGAUGGUCGAGGAAUUCUGGAGCCAUGUUCAAGGUGAAUUGAAGUAUUGA